AAAAAGUCAAAACCAUUUCUUUUAUAAACCCAUCUCCUGUCUCUCCGUUCUUGUUUCACUCCAAUCAUCACACACGUCGACACGCAGAAGAAGCGUCUCAAAGUUUUCUUAGAAUAUGGCAGGCAGAGAUAUUCUCCAUAAGAUGAAGGCUGGCUUCUGCGGAUCGGCUCCUGACGUGGGAAGAGGAAAAAGCAAGAUGUGGAAGAACAUUACUCACGGUUUUCACUUUGUGAAAGGCAAGUCAAACCGUCCCAUGGAGGACUACGUAGUGUCUGAAUUCAAGAAAGUUGACGGCCACGAACUGGGUUUGUUUGCCAUCUUUGAUGGUCACUUGGGUCAUGAUGUUGCCAAAUACUUGCAGACUAAUUUAUUUGACAACAUUCUUAAAGAGAAGGAGUUUUGGAGUGACACAGAUAAUGCUAUAAGGAAAGCAUACAGAUCAACAGAUGCAGUGAUACUGCAGCAGUCUAAGCUCGGUAAAGGCGGGUCAACGGCUGUAACGGGCAUUCUAAUCGAUGGUCAAAAGCUAGUGGUUGCUAAUGUUGGAGACUCAAGGGCAGUGAUGUCUAAGAAUGGCGUUGCGCAUCAGCUCUCAGUUGACCAUGAACCAAGCAAGGAGAGAAAAGAUAUAGAGAAGCGAGGUGGCUUUGUAUCAAAUAUGCCAGGGGAUGUUCCACGAGUGGACGGACAGUUAGCGGUUGCGAGAGCGUUUGGAGAUAAGAGCUUAAAGAUACAUCUGAGCUCCGAACCAGACAUUACACGCCAGGUGAUUGAUGAUCGGACUGAGUUCAUCGUCUUUGCCAGCGAUGGUAUUUGGAAGGUAAUGUCGAACCAAGAAGCGGUUGAUGCAAUCAAGAGUAUCAAAGAUCCACAAACAGCAGCAAAGCACUUGAUAGAAGAAGCUAUAUCUAAGAAGAGCAAAGAUGACAUCUCAUGUAUUGUUGUAAAGUUCCAUUAAUCUCUUAUUCUUUGUUUGUUUUUUAAGAGAGCUAAUCACCAUCAAGUUUGCAAGAUAAUUUUUCUUUUUCUUUCAAGUUGUGUCUUUAAAGUGAAGAGUAAUGAUGUAUCACCACAAGAUGUAAUAUAUUUAUGAUAGCAAUGUGGUUUAUUUUCAUACAAAUAAAUGAAAUAAGAAACUGAAACAGCCUUGAGAUACAAACAUCA